GCCGCUCUGGCCCGCGUGGCGCACUCGUCCGCGUCUCGCUGAUGAUGACGCACGUCCGGGGCGGUAGGGAAGGCAAGAUGGCGGCGCCCAUGGAGGUGGCCGUGUGUACGGAUUCCGCAGCCCCGAUGUGGAGCUGCAUCGUGUGGGAACUGCACUCGGGCGCCAACCUGCUCACCUACCGCGGCGGCCAGGCGGGACCCCACGGCCUGGCGCUGCUCAAUGGCGAGUAUCUGCUGGCGGCGCAGCUGGGCAAGAACUACAUCAGCGCCUGGGAGCUGCAGCGGAAGGACCAGCUCCAGCAGAAGAUCAUGUGCCCUGGGCCUGUCACCUGUCUGACCACGUCACCCAACGGUCUCUACGUCCUGGCAGGAGUUGCAGAAAGCAUCCACCUGUGGGAGGUCUCCACCGGGAACCUUCUGGUCAUCCUGAGUCGACAUUACCAGGACAUCUCCUGCCUGCAGUUCACAGGGGACAGCAGCCACUUCAUCUCAGGGGGCAAGGACUGCCUGGUGCUGGCUUGGAGCCUCUGCAGCGUGCUGCAGGCCGACCCCUCUAGGAUCCCAGCGCCCCGGCACGUCUGGUCUCACCACACGCUCCCCAUCACGGACCUGCACUGUGGCUUUGGGGGCCCCCUGGCCCGGGUGGCCACCUCCUCACUGGACCAGACGGUGAAGCUGUGGGAGGUCUCCUCCGGGGAGCUGCUCCUCUCCGUCCUCUUCGAUGUGUCCAUCAUGGCGGUGACCAUGGACCUGGCUGAGCACCACAUGUUCUGCGGCGGCAGCGAGGGCUCCAUCUUCCAGGUCGAUCUCUUCACCUGGCCCGGACAGAGGGAGAGGAACUUCCAGCCAGAGCAGGACGCCGGGAAGGUCUUCAAAGGGCACAGGAACCAGGUGACCUGCCUGUCGGUGUCUACUGACGGCAGCGUGCUGCUCUCGGGCUCCCACGAUGAGACCGUGCGCCUCUGGGAUGUGCAGAGCAAACAGUGCAUCCGGACGGUGGCCCUCAAAGGCCCAGUCACCAACGCCACCAUCCUACUGGCGCCCGUCAGCAUGCUGAGCUCAGACUUCAGGCCCAGCCUGCCGCUGCCCCACUUCAACAAGCACCUGCUGGGCGCAGAGCACGGGGACGAGCCGCGCCACGGUGGCCUCACCCUGCGCCUGGGCCUCCACCAGCAGGGUUCUGAGCCCAGCUACCUGGACCGCACCGAGCAGCUGCAGGCCGUCCUGUGCAGCACCAUGGAGAAGAGCGUGCUUGGUGGCCAGGACCAGCUGCGGGUCCGUGUAACGGAGCUGGAGGAUGAGGUGCGCAACCUGCGCAAGAUCAACCGGGACCUGUUCGACUUCUCCACGCGCUUCAUCACGCGGCCGGCCAAGUGAGGCCCGGUGACCCGGGCCCGAGGCUCCCAGGCCUGAGCCCCACGCCUCCCAGCGACCGGAGCCCGCGGGUGUGGCCCCCACCAGCCCAGGCCUGGACUCUCCCGAGUUCUGUGUCGUGUUCGGGCUUUUCCUCUGUGACUGGGCCGUCUUGGUGUCUCGUGGCACUCGUCUCAUUGGUGCUAGCCUGUUUUUAACAAAAGAGGAUGAAAGGC